CGGCGGCAGCACGUAUAAACAGGAAGUUAAUACUUUCUGUUUUGGUUGUUCAGCUUUUAUGGUUGGUGAUUAACUCUGUUAGUAGCUUUGAGAAAUUUAUUGUAACCAUGGAAGAAGAGUAUUAUUUAGAAUUAUGUCAGAACCCCGUGCAGUUUGAGAAAGCAUCAUCGGUUAACAAUGUAUUUUUUGACGAAGCUAAUAAACAGGUGUUUGCAGUUCGAUCUGGAGGUGCUACUGGAGUUGUCGUUAAAGGUCCAGAUGACAAAAACACAGUUUCUUUCAGAAUGGAAGACAAAGGUGAAGUGAUAUGCAUCAAAUUUUCUUUAGGAAAUAAAAUACUGGCAGUGCAGAGAACCUUAAAAUCUGUGGAGUUUUUGAACUUCAUUCCAGACUGUCAGCACUCAGAAUAUUCUCAGGAAUGCAAGACCAAAAAUGCCGUAAUCUUGGGGUUCUGCUGGAUCAGUUCAACAGAGGUUGUCUACAUUACAGACCAAGGUAUUGAAUUCUAUCAGGUGCAACCUGAAAAGCGCAGUUUAAAACUGCUGAAGAGUCAAAGUAUUAAUGUGAACUGGUACUUAUACAGCCCAGAGAAUGCAAUCAUUCUUCUCUCUACCACAGUACAAGGCAAUGUCCUGCAACCUUUCUAUUUUCGGAGUGGAACAAUGUUGAAGUUACAAAAGUUUGAAAUUGAACUGCAAGUAAUCCCCAAACCAUCAAAGCUCUGCCUGACUGAAAGAGAUGUUUCUAUGGCUUCCAUAUAUGGACAGCUUUAUGUUCUCCAUCUAAAGCAUCAUUCAAGAACUCCUAACAACAGUGGAACAGAGGUUGUCCUUUAUCACUUAACGAGGGAUACCAUAUGUAAGAAAAUGCACAUUCUAACAUUGAACAGAUCUGGAAAGUUUGCUGUGAAUGUUGUUGACAACCUUGUAGUGGUCCAUCACCAGGAUACUGAGACGUCUUUGAUAUUUGAUAUAAACAUACAAGGAGAAACUGAUGGCACUGUUACCAUUCACCAGCCAAUUCUUCCUCCAAUGUCCAUUCGACCUUUUGAGAUUCCUCAAGCAGUUCCAUCAGCUGUGGCCUCUCAGCCGCCUGUUCCGUGUAAACUUUAUUCUUCCACAUGGUCAGUGUUCCAGCCCGAUAUUAUUAUCAGUGCAAGUGAAGGCUAUCAGUGGCGUCUCCAGAUCAAGCUUCAGCCAGUUGUGAACCUAUUGCAGGAUAAGGGAAGACUGAUAGACUUCUUACUCCAACGCAAAGAGUGUAAAAUGGUCAUAUUGUCUGUUUGUCUGCAAUUGUUGCAUGGUCCAGAAAGGGGCACUUUGCCUGUGAUUGCCACUGUCUUUGACAAACUGAAUCAGGAAUACAAAAAGUACUUGGAGGCUGAUCAGACCUAUGCUAUGGCAGUUGAAUCUGGGCAAAGCAGAGGCAUUGUCACUCAAAAGCGACCAGUUCGUACUCAAGCAGUGAUUGACCAAUCUGAUAUGUACACACAUGUGCUGUCUGUGUUUGCUGAACAGAAGGAUGGACCACACAAAUUUAUUACAGCAGUGUUAAUGGAAUACAUACGGUCUCUUAACCAGUCACAGAUUGUGGUUCAGCACUACCUGUAUGAGUUGGUCAUCAAAACUCUUGUCCAACAUGACCUCUUUUAUAUGUUGCACCAGUUUCUGCAGUAUCAUGUUCUUAGUGACUCCAAACAACUGGCCUGUCUCCUAUUGUCCCUAGAGAGCAUCUAUCCUCCUGCGCAUCAGCUAGCUUUGGACAUGCUAAAGAGACUGUCUACGGCUAAUGAUGAGAUUGUGGAAGUGUUGCUGUCCAAACACCAGGUGUUAAGUGCACUGAGGUUUAUUAGGAGUGUUGGAGGAUAUGAGAAUAUCUCAGCCCGAAAAUACCUAGAUGCAGCACAGCAGACUGGAGAUGAAAUGCUUUUCUACACAGUGUUCCGAUUUUUCGAACAAAGAAAUCUACGAUUACGUGGCAGCCCUAUUUUUACUCCAGGAGAACACUGCGAGGAGCAUGUACACUUAUUCAAGAAAUGGUUUGGAGAACAAGCUUUACUGAAAAUUAUACUCUUCUGAAAUUGAUAAUGUACAAAGUUAAUUUAUUGUGACAGAAAAAAGGUUGUUUACAUACAGUCCUGGCAUACUAAUAAAAAACUGGCCAUGGUUUCAAAA